AGUACUUCCGCCGUAGUUACGGCCGUUUCCAUGCGUUGCUAUGACAACGGGUGCACAUCCUGUGUGUUGUGUUAGCAGCUCGAGUUAGCCGAUCUACCUGUCACAUUCUAACUCACCUGUAAAUUACACAGGUAUACACGUAAUCAUGGCGCAUUACAGAGGCUCUGAGUCCAAGCGAGAACAGUUCAGAAGAUAUCUUGAAAAGUCUGGAGUCCUUGACAAUUUAACAAGCGUUUUAGUGGCACUUUAUGAAGAGACUGACAAGCCCAACAACGCACUGGAUUUCCUAAAGCUUCACCUCGGUGCGGCUGGUUCAGAGGCAGCAGAUGUUGAGGCUCUUCGCACGGAGCUGGCUGAACUACAACAGAAGUGUAACCUGCUCAUGGAGGAGAACAAAGAGCUGAGAAACAAGCUGAUGCAGUAUGAACCGUCGCCUGAGAACGGAGCAGCAGAGUGACAGGAGGAUGUUUUGAAAUAUAUAUAUGAUAAACAAGCUUGUUUUUGAGUAUGUAAAUGUUUAUUACAUAAUAGUGAAAGUUCAAUGACGCGUUAAAGUACGUCACUGUUAUUUUUGUUUUUGUAAAAUAUCAAGAAGCAACAUUUUGCUUUGCCAAAAAUAAAAAUGUUUUUUCAGCA